CCCGUCCGCUCGGUGAAGAUGUCUGCGACGGGUUCAGGCGGCUGCGGACCCGGACCCGGACCCACCUCGGGCGCCGGCUCCGGGGCUUCAAACCCCCGAAAAUUCAGCGAGAAGAUAGCGCUGCACACCCAGCGGCAGGCCGAGGAGACAGCCGCCUUUCAGGAGGUCAUGAUGGACAUCACCUCGACUCGGCUGCAGGCCCAGAAGCUCCGUCUGGCCCGGAGUCAGGGUCCAUACUACGGCGGCUCGCUACCCAACGUCAACCAGAUCGGCAGGAACCCUCAGGACUUCCAGGGCUCCUUUCCCUCCACUCUGGAGUCCAACCGAUCGACUCGGCAUCACGGUCUGGUGGAGCGAGUCCAGAGGGACCGCCGCUUCAUCUCGCCAGUCCGACCAUACCGCAACCGCCAAGUGGACAACUCUCUGUACAACUCGGCCUACCUGUCGCCACCGCCCGACCCCAGCUGGAGAAGGAAUUGGUCUGGAAACUUCCCCGGGGACAAAAGCCAGUUGUUUCGUCUCCCCACCACUGCACUUAACAGGACCAACUCCGACUCAGCCCUCCACACCAGCGUGAUGAACCCUCCCGCAGGAGACCCCUUCACCACGGGAGGACCCACCCUCACCCCCCAGAGCUCUAGACACACCGGUCAGAGCGACGGAGAGGCCAGAAGAAUGUUUCCGUACCCGGUUCCCCCCAUCGAGGAGAACGUUUUGGAUGAGGGAAAGCUGCUCAAACCCUGGGACACCAAGAAGCUGCCUUUGCUGUCGUCCCGGCCGAAGUCCUGUGAAGUUCCCGGCAUCAACAUCUUUACGUCCCCGGAGCAGCCGUCCACGCCAGCCCACGGCGUCCCCUCGGCCCUCAACACCGGCGGCUCGUUGCCCGACCUGUCUAGCCUCCACUUCCCGUCCCCGCUGCCCACACCGCUGGACCAGGACGAGCCCGGAUACCCAGGGUCCUCCUCUCUGAGUGGGGGCAGCAGCACGGGGAACCUGGCUUCCACCCUCACCCAGCUGGGCAUCAACGCCGCCAACACACCGGGAGGCAACGGCAGCUUCCACCACCCCUCACCAGGUCUUCUGGCGUCUCUACAGAGCACGCUCAGUAACCCCUCUCUACAGUCAUCACUAAGCAACCCCAACAUCCAGUCGUCGCUGAGCAGCCACUCCUUCUCCAACUCCCUGAGCUCCACCUCCCUGCACUCGUCGCUCAGCAACCCGUCACUGCAGUCGUCUCUCAGCUCCUCCCCCUCGCUGCCGUCGUCCCUCAGCAGCCAAUCACUGCACUCGUCCCUCAGUAACUCCUCCCUCCAGUCAGUGUCCAGCAGCAACCCGAGCUACAGCAGCGGCGUGGGCGGCUCUGGCUCCUGCUCCUCGUCCUACUCGCCGCUGCUCGGUGGGCAGGGCCAGCCGUCGCUCAGCACGUCGCCACGUAGACGAGCCCAGUUGUCACCGCUCAUCCUGCCCAUGGGAGGGGAGUCACGGAGGCAUCACUCCAAGCAGUUCUCCCCCACCAUCUCCCCCACACUGUCCUCCAUCACGCAAGGCGUCCCUCUGGACACCAGCAAACUGCCUCUGGACCAGAGGCUGCCUCCGUACCCGCUCAGCCAGUCCCACCAGCACCAGCCAGGUUCUCACCAGCCUCCCCUUCCUCUGGGCCACCACCAGCAGCUGCACCGCCUACAGCAGCCGCGACCCAACUCGCAGGUGCUGCAGCAGCUCCACAUGCAGAACCUGCGUAACCAGCAGAUGCAGCAGCAGCAGCAGCAGCACUUUGGAACGCAGCAGAGGCCGAUGGGACUGCAGGGAAACACCGCGAGCAUCAAGAGCGAGAGCACGUUAGACCAGUGCAUCCAGACGUCCUCGCUGUGCCAAGUCAAACAGGAGACAGAGCAGCAGGCGGAGCAUCAGCAGCGGGCUGGAGGCCUCCCACAGCACCAGCAGAUCAGCCACAACCUGUCCACAGACCUGUACAAUGAUGCCUUGUUCAACUCUCUGCUGGAUGAUCCGUACCUGAAUCUGCAGCUCACAGGGAAAUCCAACCAGCAGUUCACAGCAGAGAAUCAGGGCGACAGUCUUUCCCUGAACCACGGCGGUCUGGGCUGCAGCAACAUCAUCAAGAGCCAGUUUCCCUCCAACAGCCAGGGCCCGCUGGAGCUGCAGGAUCCAGGAGACCAGCAGCUGCUCAACAACCAGAACCAGAACUACAGCAGCGGUGGCGACGGACGACACAACGUCCCGAACAUCAUCCUCACAGGCGACUCCCCCACCGGUCUGUCCAAAGAGAUCGCCAGCGCUCUGUCCCACGUCCCCGGCUUUGAGAUGGACCCGUUCUCCCUGGAUGAGCAGCUCCGGAUGGACCCGCUGUCCCUGGACAUGCUGGACGGGGAUCUGAUGCUGGCCGACCCAGCCGUGGAGGACUCGUUCCGGUCCGACCGGCUCAAGUGACCCCCAGCCGAGCGGCAGGAGCACGGUGGGACCCGGCGAAGACACGGCCGCCCACUCGGAGGUGGAGGGGAUGCCACCACUCCGCCUCGGAGCCGGCCAGCGUGCAGAGCGACGUUUGAAGUCGCUCAAGUGUUGUAGAGGAGGACCGGAGGUUUCUGAAGUGAAGGAGGGGCAGCUUCUCCAUGGAAGGCACUUAACUGAAAACGCUCUCGCAACGCUUGAAGAACAGACGCUUCUCUUUUAGGCAUUAGCUUGUCUGAGUCUUAUCUGCACGUCGAUGGAAAAUGCACUCGCAGGAUUAAAACGUGACGUCGGCUUUGUGUCGUCUGUACAACCAGCAGCGCUUCUGAAGCUUUUAUGCAUCGCGACGUUGUGUGGAGCCUCCCUGCACGCGUGAUUGGUCGGAACCGUCUUACCCCAAGCUGCCGUUCGGCCAAUCGUAGGCUUCGCCUGCGUCAUCCGCCACUUUAACAGGAGCUCAGCCAUCUUUAUAUACGUUUGGAAAAUGUGUCCCUGCAGAUCGACAUUCUGGUCUGUUGUUUUAUGCAGAAACCAGCUGGUUGGACACGAAGCUGCCUCUGAUCAGACUCCAGAGUCCAGUUGACCGGUGGAGCAGAUCACUGGGAUCAUUCAGGCAGUCGCACAAGCAGCGAGUCAAGAAAAAGUAACACAACCAUUAUUCUAGAUGGUUUCGAAUUUUUUUAUUAUUUUAAAAAAUAUUUUAAUUCCAGUUUUGCAUGAUAUUAACGUUGUUUCACACAUUAUUGAGCCCUUAGAAUUCAAUUCUGGCAACAGAAAGCAUCUAAAUACAGUAUCCCAUUCUAUCCUAUUUUUUUAGAAUCGUAACGCAAAUGUCUCUAAUUUACACAAAGUUUAACAGGAGUUAUUUCAAACUUACUGAUGGUGUCGGGACAUUAGAACCCUUUGAAUUAAGCAGGUACUUUGAAUCAGCAGAAUUUAGAUUCACAAGAAUUUAGUUUAUUCUAAUUUCAGCUUGUGUCAAUUCCAGAUAUUUUGACACCAGAACCAAACAAAUCACUCUGCAAAAUCACGCUGUGUGACCAUAUGUGGGAUUAAGUGUCAGAAAUGGCGCCUUGUAGUGGAAAGAAAGAACAGUUUUGCUGCUUGUAUGAUGAAAAUCCCUCUGAUGUUUCCAGUUUUCUGCUCCACUGACAGCAGCUUUAAACCCUGAAAAGAUGCUGCGAUCUAAAGUGUGAAUGUGCCAUCAGAGACUGAAAGCCUUUCAGUUCCUCAGCACGUAAAAGGUUCCAGAAAUCACAGUGAUUCUAAGUCAUGUUUGUUCAUUUUCCAGCGUGAAAACACUGUCAGAUGUUCCCUUUUUUACAUCCCGUCAUCAGGCAGAUCUGAAAGAGACGAAUCCACAGAAUCCAAACCCAGAAAACAGCUCAGAGCAGCGAACAGCAUGAAUCUGAUCGAUGCAGUCCUGUGCAAAAGUUUUAGCAAAGCGAAAACCUGAGUCAGAUCCAUAUUUCACUUCUUCUCUGGAUCUCCUGGUUCUUCUGGUUCUGUCUGACUCCAUCUGGAUGUUUGAAACUCCUAAUGCUGAGAAUCUAAACAUUGAAAGAGCUUCAGACUUUUGCACAGCUCUGUAUGUUCAGAUCACAGUUCAGCCUCUCCAGUCUGACACAAGAGAAAUAAUGCAUUUUGUUCUUCUUAUUCUCCAGUUUCUAUAAGAGCCACCUCUGUAGUGAACCAAAGAAGAUUUUUGUGGACUCAAAGUUCACUCUCGACUUUUUUUUCCCAAGCAAAACACAGCAGUUUCUUCAACAUUAGCUUCUUUGAAGCCAAGAAUAACGUUCAGCACAUGUUUAGACAUCAGAUUCGUCUCAAAGAUGCACAUCUGGAUUUAAUUAAUCGCUCAUCAAUUCUCAAAAUGAUGAUAAACUUUAAUCAUGCAGCACAUUUUUGGAAACCUCAAUAGUGUUUUACAAUAAAAACACAUAAUUCAUUUAAAGUUUAUUUAAAUCUGGAUGAAUCAGAAUAAGGAGAAAAUGAACAACCGAACAGACUUUUUUUUUUUUUUUUGAAGUGACAUUAGAGAGAAGAAAAGUAGUUUGUAAAUCUGGUUUUAAACUGAGCUGCAGGUACUGUUUGCUCAGGUUUAAUGUUCCAGGUGUGUGCAGCACAAAAGCAGUCGAGUAGUAAGAAUAAAUAUAAACAGGAAAGAGUUGUUUAAAUUCAUUAAAAUGAACCUCGUAAUGAAGCAAAGAAAAUCCUGGUGAACUCACAGUCUACUCUCCACUUUAUCUUCGUCUCUUUGAACAAAACGCAGCUUUUUUCCAUCAGGAAGUUUGGAGAAAAUGUUCAGUAAAUCAGUCAAUCUGCAGCGUAAAGUUGGAGGUUUUUCCUCCCAGACAUUAAUGGUUUCAUCAAAUGGUGAAAGACGCCUGUUGAAAAAGGUGAAGCCUCAAGUCAAGUUUGACCAAAGAAAAGCCGAAAAUGCACACAUUUUUGUGGAAAAAAAGAUUAUUCAGUGAUCUCAGCUGCUUCUUCUGAACCACAAACCCCAACGCAAACACAGAGUUCAAACUAAUCUGUUAUUUUCUUCAUUAAUUCAUUCUAAAAGAAAACUUCAAACAUCUCUGUGUUUUCUGAAUAACGUCUCCCCGGUGUAAUCGUUUGUGCACGAAAUGAUAAUGUUCACUUAAACAGAGAUCAGUAUUUUCAAGAGUGAAAACGAACCAAAACUUUAUCUGCAACUGGUCUUAUUCUCAGUUUAUCGACUUUUAGUUCAGUAUCACAUCGCUGUCAGGUGAAAAACUGGGAAACUAGCAGCUGCAGAGACAAAGUUUGGUUCGUUUGGUCUUGGCUUCUUGUCUUCUGUUUAUUUCAGCCUACAGCGCCACCGUCUGACCACUAUACACAGCCCAGUUUAACUUAAUGACGUUUUAGUUUUUGUAGCUUUUUCAAAAGUGUGCUUCAGAUUAAUGUGGAAACGCAGAGACUCGUUGUUGGCAGUGAAACGUGGAAAUCAGUGUGACGUUUGUGUAGAAAGUGACAGAAAGUGAUAAAAAGUGAAAGCGUGGAGGAUUUGAGUUUUAAAGCAGAACAGCUGCUGGUGGUUUGUUCAUGCAGUCGACGGAGAAACAGAAAGAAGGUUUGGAUGUCGGUGGUGCAGAGUUAAAACGGACUGAGGAGGGUUGAGCUGUUUCUGCUGCCUCCUGUAGGUCACUUUAGGCUGUUACAGACUCAUGAACAAGUCAGUUUCUGUUCAGAGUUCACUUAUUUAUAAUCUGGGACCAAAACCUAAGCUCUAUAAAAUAUUUUUGGCUGGAUUUUGAGAAUUCAGUAUUUUCAGACCUCUGAAUGAAUAUUUUCAUAGUCAAAAAAACUUUCAAACAAGGGUGCUUUUGUGACCCAAGAAAGUUACUGUAAGUGUAUAUUUAUUGGUGUAUUCAUAUUUCUUGCUAAAAAUACUGUCUUUGGUCAACGUUUCACCAACGUUUGAGGCCUCUAACACCAGGAAAUUUGAUUUAUGUCAAGUAUGACAAGACAAGGUUCCAAAUAUAUGUUGUUUUGACAAAGUGGUGAUGUGGACUCAUUGGCAAGAUCAUAUAAUGGGUGUGCAUUGAGGUCCAUAUAUUGUCAUUAUAUGUCCACAGAAACAAGCUUCUUCCAUGUUGAAAUUUGACAACAUACGAGGGUGAAAACACAAAAAUUCACAGGUUUGAAAUCUCUCAAAUAUUUUACAGAAUUAGUUUUGGGUCCUAAAAAAAAACAGAAGGAAAUUCAGAACUAAAUUUGAGACAAUUUGUCUGACCGACCCGUUUAGAGAUUAAAAAUUAAUCACUUUGACUUUUUCAAGCUCUUCUAUGCAAAGUUUAUGGCCUUUAAACAAGACAAAAGUCAACGUGAGAUGUGAAGCAGAUGUUACUGCGAACCAGCGCUCUGUUACAAGUGAAACUCAGUCAGUGUUACAGUAUUAAAUUAUAUUUCAAAUAACUAAAAGAAGUGUAUUUAUUUAGUAGAAUGGCCCUUUAAAUUCAUGUCAUAACGGUAAAUUAUUGAUGUAAAGAUGUUUUUGACUGAGUCUCCACAGUGAAGGUGUAGAAGUGCACACAGACACUAAUGGAGCUGAAAUAAAGCAGGAUGAGCCUUUAAAUUGAACCUCAGUGCUGCAGUUUGUGAGAAAACUUUAUUCCUGCAGCUGCUUUUACACAGAAAACAAACAUGAAACAUGGACGGUUGACCAGCGGAGAUGAAGCACGUUUUAGGACUUACUAUAAAGUUUUUGAUUUUUUGUUGGAAAGAACUGAAGCAUUUAGACUUGUUUGUCUUCUCAGGUUUUUCAGACAGAGAAGCUGAGCUGCGAUUAGUUAUUUCCUUUAAUAGUUGCUGGAUUGUUCAGAGCGUGAAAUGUGACAAACCAGUGAAACAAGGAUCAGAAGUCGCAGGUGAUUGAUCAGUGAUCAGGACUGAUCAGCUGUCAGGUUCCUCAGGUGGUUGAUUGGCUCAACCAGGUCGGCUGAAUCAGUUUGUUUUGUGUUUGGUUGUUAAAGUAAAGUUGUCUUUAGAUGAACUCGUUACUGAUGUAAACUGUUUGUUUUGGGAGCUGUUGAUAUUUUUUUUUAACCUAAAAUCUUUUUUUUUUUUUUUCCGUCACAUCUGAAGAAAAUUAACUUUAGAAUUUGGCUUUUGUCUUUUUUGUAGAUUUUCUCCAAAACACUUGGAGUUUGUUCCUUUUUUACUUCUUUUUGUUCAAUUUAUUCCCUUCUUUUGACUGUUCUUCCCAUUGUUAAUUAGACUUCAGUUUGAACGUUCACAUUUAACGGCUAAUCCUUCGCGAAAACGGUGACUGUCUCCUGGAUUCACAGCCUCCAGCUUUACCAGACAUCCUGAAAUGAGCCGAAGCUGCUGCAAAAUUUAGAAUUUUCUUUGUUCUGCAGCUUCAUAACAUCUCACUGAACUGGUAGAAUAAAAGUGUUGCACUGAACCAGAUGUGUAGAGAAAAAAAUCCAGUUUAAAUCCUUUAAAUCCAAAAAUCACAGUUUUUAAACAUGUUACUGCCAUCAGUGUCUGAAAGAAAACUACUGUGAGAUUUAUCUUGUUUCUUUUUGGCAGCUUCUGUUUAUGUUCCAUUAGUUUCCUUCUUUCCUCUGUUCUUGGACUGUAAGUACCACUAUUAUUUUUUCUGCAUGUUGGUGUCUUUGAUCUUCACAUUUACCAUCUGAUUCUUCAUAAUGCGCUUUUUUUAAAAAGGUGAUGAUGCCACUAAAUCAUCUCUAUGAAAGUUUUCUAAAAGAGUCUGUGUGGAUUCACAGUUCCUGUUUUUACAGACAUCCUUAGAUGAGUAGAAGCUGCAGAGCUAAAGCACUUUUCUUUCUUUGCCACAGAGCUGGUAGAAUCAAACUGUUAAAUCCAACCAGACGUGGAGAGAAAAAUCUGAUCCAGUUUAUUCAAAUAAAACAACCAAAGUGCUGCACAUAUUAGAAGAGAAAUAUAUGCAAAAAUUAAUUUCCAAGACAAACUCAAAAUAGUAAAACAGCAGGACAAAAACCAGAUUUCUAAAAUGAACUAAAUAUAAAAUAGUAAAUGUUCAGACCAGUAAGAGCAGCAGAAAAGUGUUUGUUCAAAGUGUCAGUGGAGGAACGUUUGAAGGCUAAAGCUUUGCGGGAGAAAUCUUCGAUAUCGGCUGCAGAGUGAGUUUGAGAGAAAACUUGUUUAAUUUCAGUUUCAUUGAAGUGUUAAUUUUAAUUUUAAGAAGCAGCUUCAGUUUGUUUUCACAUCUGCAGAAGUAGAUCAAAAACAGCGAAACAGGAAGCUUCAUUUUCUGUUCAAGAAAAUCCCAAAAUGCACCGACUGUGUUUUCUCCACUGCGUGUGUUACAAUGUGUGUCUGCGUGUGUUACUGUGUGUGUGUGUGUGUGUGUGUGUGUGUGUGUUUUUGAAGCAUCUUGUUGUUGUUAUGCAAUAAACUAGUUGUGAGUUAACCUGCAGUUUCAGACUCUGCCAGUAGGGGGAGCUGUUGACCAGCGAGGCAGUGAAUGUGUGUGUGGGUGGGUGCGCGUGCGUGUGUGUGAGCGCAGAUUAGGGAUCAGUUAAAGGCCAUAUUUCGUAUGUUUUUUUCAUAUUUUUUAUUGAUGUCAGAUAUUAAUUUCUCUCAUAUUCUUAAUGUUUAUAGUUUGUCUAUUUUCGGCUCCGAGCUCUUCUGCGUCUGUUGCUUCGUAUUUUAAUAAUAAAUUUGUUUCUAUUCAGAUUUUUAUUUGAACCUUGUAAUAACCAGGGAACGUUACGUGUGUGUUGUACAUAUUAAUAUGUUUUAAAAAACCAGAGGUGCUUCUGAAGCUAACAGGAGAGAUUUUUAAAGAGACUGUACCUUCACAUUAUUUUCCAGAAAAUAAACAAAUAAAACCUGGAA